AUGAUACUAGUCUCUUAUGGUGUUGGUACUGCCAAUGCUGAUGCACACAUAACAGCACAGGCAGGUGAUCCAAAUUCAAUUGAUGAUGAUUUAAAUCGAAUAUUAAUUAUUAAUAAUAAUGAUAAUAAAUUAAAUAUUGAACAAUCAUUAACUGAUCAAUUAAAACAUCAUUCAAUACAAGAAGAUUCAUUGUCAGAUAGUUCAAAUAGAAAUCAAUCAAAACUUGAUCUUUAUUAUUCAACAAAAAAAACUAAUUCAUCAUCAAAUCGAAUAAUAAUUAUUCAUGAACUUAAACCUUGUUUAAAUAUUUCUCAAUUAAAUUCAACAAAUUUUCUUUGGUCAAAAUAUUUAUCAUAUAUUGGUGAACGAUCUGUUUCCGAUGAAUUUUUUGAUCAUUAUUCAGCAUCAAUUGAAUCCGGUUUUGAAAUAAAUAUGCAACUUGAAUAUUGUUAUGAUAUACAACAUGAUUUAUAUUGGUUAACACAAAUACAAUUAGUAUCACAUAGUUUAAUUCUUUUACAUUAUGUUGGUUUACCUGAUGAUGAUACAUCAAAUGAUUUUUGGGCAUAUAUUUAUGGACAACGUUGUCAUCCAAUUGGUUGGUGUAAAGAAAAUAGUAAAUUAAUGUUACCACCACCAAUUGUUACUAAACGAGCUAUUCAACAAACAACAACAACAACAACAACAUUACAUAAUAAUCAUACAAUAUUAAAUGGAAAUGAAAAACAAUUAAAUAUGAUUAAAGGAGAUACAACAAAUAUUAAUCAAACACCACCAACUUAUUUAUUUGAUAAAGAAAUUGGUUUAAAUCCUUCAGAACAAUUAAAAAAAGGCAUGUUACUUGAAUUACAAGAUAUAAAUCGUCCAUGGACUUUAUGGUUUGUUCGAAUAAUUAAUAAUCGUGGUGGACGAUUACAUCUUCGAUAUAUUACUAAUAUAACUGAGGAUGAAGAAGAAGAAGAAGAUUCUUCAUUAGAUAUUCAUAUAUUUUAUCUUGAUCGUCGUGUUCAUUUUAUUGGUUGGCAAUCAAAUAAUUCUUCAAUUUUUUUUUAUGAUAUUCCAAUAUGUUUAAAAUUAAUAACAAUAGAUAAAGAAAAAUUAAUUGAUAUAUGUUUAAAUCAAUCAAAAAAACAAUUUCUACCAUUAAAUUUAUUUAAAGCACAAGAAGAAAUAAUUAAACAUCGUUUUAAUGAAGGAAUGAAAUUAGAAAUAUUUGAAUCAAAUAAACAAAAUAUUCAUAUUGGAAGAAUUGGUCAUAUACAUAAUGAUUAUUAUUUUGAUAUUAUUAUUGAUAAUGAUGAUGAUAAUAAUACUAAUGAAUUAUCAUUUAUUGGAUAUUCAACACAUCCACAUAUAUUACCAGCACAUUGGGCUGCUGAACAUAAACUUGCAUUAAUGAAUGGUAAAAGUAUUCGACAAACAGAAGAUUAUUGGAAUUUAUAUACAGAAAAAAAUGGUAUUGAAAAUUUAGCACCUGAAAGAUGUUUUAAUUUAAUAACAUUAAAUGCUGCUGGAAAUAAUCGUGUUGAACCAGGAAUGAAAAUGGAAAUGAUAUAUACAUUAAAUAAUAAAGAUUAUGUUUUUUCUGUAACACUUAUUCAUGUUGCUGAUCAUCUUAUGUGGUUAAGAAUUGAUGAUACAAGUUUAUUUAAUGAUGAUAAAUUAUUUUAUCAUGUUUUACCAAUUAAUUCAUUAGAUGUUUUUCCUGUUGGAUGGGC